CUUGUUUACGUUUACUUACGUUUGAGAUCACUGAAUAAUGAAAAUUGUGUUCUAAUCUAACAUUAUUUCACAAUGAAUUUAGAUUACGAUCCCGUGAGAUUAUUAAAUUUCGAAGGAUAUUGCUCUUGUGCAAUCGAAGAUUGCAACUGUGGCGAACAAAAUGUUCACGAAUGGUCUUGGGACGAAACUUUGGCGACAAGCGCCUCUCUCUUAUCAAGAAAAAACUUAGAAGUCAAAUUUCAUCCGAAUUACAGCAAUGGAACUGUAGCGGUGCGAGGUAAUAAGCCUAUGGAAAAGGCCAGGCAUCAUUACUGGGAAAUAAAGAUGCUUACCCCUAUUUACGGCACUGAUGUUAUGGUCGGCGUUGGAACCUCCAAAGCUGAGCUUGAGAUGGGAUACACGUUUUGUUCACUCUUAGGUCACAACCGUGAAUCCUGGGGUUUUUCAUACAAAGGACAUCUUCAACAUGCCGGGGAGACUCGAGAAUAUGCUCAGUGCUUUGGGCAAAAGAGUCUCGUUGGUGUUCAUUUGGAUACGUGGAAGGGAACGCUGCAGUUUUUCCUCAAUCGAAAAGCAUUAGGUGUAGCAUUUACCGGUUUGAGAAAUGUUGAGCUUUAUCCGAUGGUCAGUUCAACAGCGGCGCAAAGUCAAAUAAGAAUAACCCACAGCUGUUCAGCGCCGGCGUCAUUGCAGAUGGAAUGUCUAGGUCUUCUCAGACCUCUACAGCGGUCUUAUCUCACAACUGCUUUUCCCGGUCUUCAAUAUCUUUCUAAAAGUAUUUUUGCAGAUAUUCUCCGCAAGGAAGGCUCUGACAAAGAACUGGAAUAUGAUUACGAGUAUCCCGAAGAAUAUCUCAUCCUGGAUGACAUGUCUUACGCGUUAGUAGGCUUCGGACGACGGAGAAAACGCAAAAAUUUAGAUCCAGCAGGUCCGGGUGAAUCUUCAAGCAGCGUGCCUGAAUUACGUUUGAAAAAAAUGGAAAUCUAAAUUGAGUCAAUCGUGAUUUGACCACAUUGUAUACAGCACUCACAUGCAAUCGCGUUACUCACAAAACCCAACAAUCAUUUUACAAUCUAAUCCUCCUAGUAGGCAUUAGUUUUCACCAAGUUACAUCUUGAAGAAUAUUCGAUCUCAUUACGACUUCAAACCACGAAUAUACGAAUACAUACGGUAUUAGCUGCAAUUAGGGACUCUCAAUGUUCCACUAGAGUUAAUAAUGUGAUAUUAAAAAAAAAUAUUUCAGCCUUCUCUUUGUCCGGGUUAUUAUUAUUAUUGGAAUAAUAACGAAAAAAUACAUCAUGAGAAUAGAUGCAACCUGUGGAAUCGGUUUUUACAAUAUUAAUUCACAGGCAUUAAGAGAUGCGGUAGCGUCUCGACGCCAAGUAUAAAUAUCUGGAUUAUGUGAGUGUACCUUGCUUUGGCCCGCUACACACCUACAAUAAUAUUGCACAAUAUUAUUGAACAUGUAGAUGUAGUACUGAAACAUUGCGCAAUCAUUGUACAGAAGUUUAUGGUGCACUACACACCAUACAAACUUAUUGUGCAAUAUUAUUGUGCAACAUUAUUGACCGUGUGUAGCGGGCCUUAGAAAAAAAAUUCAGAAUUUAUGUCGAUAUACGUCUGCACGAUUUCACGUCAUUUCAGCGUAUUUGAUUCUUCACUUUGUUCAGAAACAUGUGAAACUAUUGUAAAUAAAAAAUGUUGAAUAUUCUUUAUACGAGUAUCAUCUUAUAUAACGAUAUUAAUGCCUUAAGUUUAAAUUCUCGUUUACACUGACAUUGUAAUCAACACGAGUGCCAAAAAAUCGUAAAAUAUAAGAACGUAUAGGUAUGUCAUUCACCACUUUCAUUCAAGCGUUCAACGAAUCUCCAAUUCUUUGGCAUGAAAACCAACUCGGAGAGCAGAGAACAUCGUCAUUUGUAAUAAAUACGAAUGUCUGACAUAUUUGGACGUUGUUGCGAUGCUAAAAUACGCGAAAGCGUAAAGUGACUUGGAAAAUAGAUUAAAUGUAAAAUUGCAUUGUACGAAUCACUCUCAAUAAAUGUAUUACAAGAUUA